CGCACAGAACACGAUUCUGAUAAAAAGUUGAAAUCGAAUGCUCUGUCUUGUGUUACAGAUAAAGUGAAGGCGUUCUUUAUUUAAAAUAUCGUUGUAUAUGUAGUUUUAGUUACAGUUCGCAAUUUGGUCGUAGUUGCUAUUUUAUUCGUUAGUAAAUAAAACAAAAACACCUAUGUGCACCGACUUUUUGAUUUCUUCAAAUUUUUGAUUUAACUACAACACAGAUAUGAGAAUUUAUUUGCUGGCAAUGUUUUGUGUCAACGCGCAGGUGUACAGUGCGCGAGUUCUAACAUUGGACACGAAAGAACAAGUCAUUGACACUCCAAUUUCUGAUGAAAACAUAAUUCUGGCGGAUAGUCUGAAUCAAAAUGGAAGUAAUCUUGGUGAUUUAAUGGAGAUUAUUAAUGAAGAAAAUAUUCCGAUAAAUAAUCAAAUCGGGGGAGUUUUGGAGACCUAUUUAAAACCAAUAAGCAAGCUUUCAGAACUAUUUCCUAAUCAACAAGUUGAAGUACAGUUAGAAAUUGAUGGCUCAAAUUAUGUACCAAAGCAGUAUCUACGCCAGAGUGAGACCACUAUGUUGCCGUCGAGCUCUUCAAGUAUAACCACUCCUACGGUACCACGGUCUUCAACGAAUUCAGCUGUCAACGAUAGACCCGUGUACAUGAGCGAUUUAAAGAAAGUUUUUGAUGACUUUGAGAAAAAACAUAUAAAGUUACAUGAUGACGUCAAGCAGGUGCCUUUCGUUAACAUCAAACAAACGGUGGGGAACCUAAAUGAUUUAUUGGGAUUACUAAAAAAAGGUGUUCAAGUGGAAAAGAGUAUUGGAAAACCAACCGGCAAAAAUGUGAGCUGGUUUCAAAUAAAAAUACCAAGAAAUUAAUACAUAUAUAAAGUUACUUAAAUUCUCCUAAUAGAAAUAAAGACAUAUACAAAGAACUACUAAAUAUGA